UGUGUUGUCCAAAAAGGCUUGCCUGGCAUCUCAGGUUGGUGUCAGGUCCUACAAGCUGAGCUGCUGACUGCCAUGCCGACCCAGCUAGAGAAGGCCAUGGACACCCUCAUUAAAAUCUUUCACUGUUACUCCAGCAAAGAAGGGGACAUGUUCAAGCUCAACAAAGGGGAGUUAAAGCUACUUCUCCAGAAUGAGCUCACUGACUUCCUAUCAUGCCAGAAGGAUCCUGAAUUGGUCGACAAGAUCAUGAAGGAUCUGGAUGCCAAUAAAGACAAUGAAGUGGACUUUAAUGAGUUUGUAGUUAUGGUGGCUGCCCUGACAGUGGCUUGCAACGAUUACUUUGUAGAGCAGCUGAAGAAAAAGGGAAAGUAGAAAGAAGGGACAAAUGAAUCUUCCAGGCAAAUACAUGACCUGACUUAUUUAUUCCUCUACAGGCCUCCCAUCACCAAGUUGUAAUUAGCCUUGAAAUGUCAUUAAAUAAGAUACGCUAUAAAAUGUUUUGCCUUUAACUAAUGCCUUUUAAAAUUGUCCAAAU